AUGGCAUCUUUUACUGAAGCCGACCUAGACAUGGUUCAGCAUUCACACAAUGAUGUUCUCAUGAUAUCUUUGAAGAUUGGAGAGUGCCAGGUGAGGCGCAUUCUAGUUGACCAAGACAGCUCUUGUGACAUCAUGUAUGUUAGAUGCUACAAGGAGCUCGGUCUUCACCAAGACGAUCUGGAACAGUCUAACAGUCCAAUGGUUGGGUUCAAUGGAACACUGACAUGGCCCUUGGGGGCACUAAAGUUGGAGGUGCAGGCAGGCACCAGGAAAGUGAGCAAAGAGUCCACAAUCAUUGACACCCCCUCACCUUACAACGUUAUCCUGGGAAAGCCAUGGCUGCAUGCAAUGGGGGCGGUUCCCUCAACAUUAGACCAGCUGUUGCGGUUCCCAACAGAACAUGAAAUUGAGGGAGCAAAGAAAUCUGACAGGCAAGAUAGCCAGAUGGGCAGUAGUAUUGGGCCAAUACGACUUGAAAUUUAG